AUGGCUGAAAAAGAGGCUCAGCAGCAUGGCACCAUAAAAAUCAAGAAGCAGCAGCAGAAUGGAGCUGAGCUGGACCACGAUCAGUUCUGCUGUUCAGUCUGUCUGGACCUCCUUAAAGAACCAGUUACUAUCCAGUGUGGCCACAGUUACUGCAGAGAGUGUAUUGAGAUGUGUUGGGACCAGGAGGAGAAUAAGAAGAGGAGGCAGAAGAAGGGAUUUUACAGCUGUCCUCAGUGCAGGGAGAGCUUCACUCCCAGGCCUGUUUUUUAUAAAACCAACAUGCUGGCUGAGGUUGUGGAGAAGCUGAAGAAGACAGACGGCCAGGAGGCUGCUCCCUCUGCUGCUCUUGCCCAUGCCGGACCAGCAGACGUGGCCUGUGAUUUCUGCACAGGGAGCAGACCCAACAAAGCCUCUAUGUCCUGCUUGACCUGCAUGGCCUCUUACUGUGAAUCUCACCUCCAGCCUCACUACAGCGUCCCUGUGUUACAGAGGCACAAGCUGGUGUCAGCCACGGCCCCGCUGAAGGACAAGAUCUGCUCUAAACAUGACAAGUUGAUGGAGAUCUACUGCAAAACAGACCGAAUGUGUGUGUGCUAUCUGUGCACCAUUGAUGAGCAUAAAUGCCAUAAUACAGUUUCAGCUGCAGCAGAGAGGGGUGAGGAAGAGAAACAGCUGGUUGCAAGUCAACAGAAAGUCCAGCAGAGAGUCCAAGAAAGAGAGGGCGAGGUGAAGGAGCUGAGCCAGGCUGUGGAGGAUCUCAAGUGUUCUGCCCAGACUGCAGUGGAGGCCUGUGAGAAGAUCUUCUCUGAGCUGAUCUCUUCCUUCCGGAAGAGGCGCAGUGAGGUGAAGCAGCAGAUCAGAGACCAGGAAAAGACUGCAGUUGAUAAGGCUGGAAACAUGCUGCUGCAGCUGAAGGAGGAGAUCGCCAAGCUGAGGAGGAGAGACACUGAACUGGAACAGCUGUCGCAUGAUGCUGACCACAUCCACUUCAUUCAGGCUUUCCAGUCUCUCUGCAGUCCCUGUGAAUCUCUAGACUUGUCUGUAGUUGUUUAUCCUCUCCGUUACUUCAGAGAUGUGAGUGACUCCGUGUCUGACCUGAGAAUCAAACUGGAGAGGAUCCUGAAGGACACAUGGCCUGGGAUCUGUAGCACAGUGUCUUCAGUAGAUAUAUUGCUGCCACCAGAGCCAAAAACCAGGGAUGACUUUUUACUCUAUUGCUGUCCUCUGACUUUUGAUGUGAACUCAGCCCACCGUUACCUCUCUCUGUCCAAUGAAAACCGGAAAGUGAUGAAGAAAUCCACUGAGACAGUUUAUCCUGCUCACUCAGACAGGUUUACUGAGAUUAGCCAAGUGUUGUGCAGAGAGGGUUUGUCAAGGCGAUGUUACUGGGAGGUGACGUGGGCUGCUGGGGGCACUCUGUCUAUAGCGGUGUCAUACAAAAACAUCAACAGAGUGUCAGGAAGCUCAAAAUUUGGAAGUAAUGCCCAGUCCUGGAGUUUACAGCAGUCUCUGAAUGGUUACUGUUUCCGACACAAUAAUGCAGAAACAAAAGUGUCAGGCCAUUGUUCUAACAAGGUCGGGGUGUACCUGGAUUAUCAGGCAGGGACUCUAGCUUUUUAUGAUGUUUGUGGCACCAUGACACUGCUCCACAAAGUCCAGACCACCUUCACUCAGCCUGUCUAUCCUGGACUGGGACUGACAGAGCAAAGUUAUUAUUAUUCAUCACGUUCUGCAGAACUGAUUAAGUUAUGGUAA